CACUGACACACAUAAUGUGAUCAUACUCCGCACUCACUCACUCACUCACUCACUCGCUCAUUCUCGCACUCAUUCUCGCACUCAUACUCACACUCACUCAACUUGACAGCUUCUUCACUUCCCUCUGAAUAACUACGCACCACACCUCUCAUCCCAUACUGUCAGAUAUCUAUCCUUCUACCUCCCCCACCUUCCUUCGUAUGACAUUGGACCUCGACCACCUAGACCACCUCGACCUCUCCAACUACUUUGCAUGGCUUACUACGACCGUGAUACCCGUCACAAUUACUCUUCUUCUCGACCGGAUCAUUACGACCCCAGGUCCUACGCCCAAGAUGGCUACCCAAGCUCCCCAAAUCUGAGCGGGUAUACCUCCUCCUACGAACGCCGCUACGCCGCACAACCUCCGCUCCCUAAGCGCUCCUCCGCCCAAAACUCCUCCUACUCCUCCUCCCCUCCUUCGUCCUACCCCUCCGCCUAUCGCACCACUCGCCGUCGCGCCGACCCAAAGUCAUGGCCGCCUGCGCCAACCGUCGAAGAUGAGGUCGCCGCACUCGCAAAAGAAUAUUCGUCCCACACAAUCUCGGACACCCAACAUGUCGACGAUGAAGAAGCGAAGGCGCGGGGCAGCGUCGAUCAGUACCCUAUCAUCGAGGAGGUCGAGCAGGUCGAGCAGCCAAGUGUAACCAACGACGACCGUCGAUUCGUUCUCGUCUCCGAUCCCAGCGAUAGCGAAGACGCCCAGACCCGGCGAAAGCCAAAGUCGCAUCCCAAGUCGGCCACCUCGGAAAGGCGCAAGAGCUUCGCGGAGCGCGGCAACAUGCCUUACAUCAAGACCAACAUUAGCGACCCUCCCGUUUACACGGAGCGAACCUCCACGCCCUACGCAUCCACCAAGCCACAGCGAGAGUCUAUUCGCCCUUCUGCCGACGAAUACUUUCUAUCUCCAGAAUCCAUCGCGCCAACCAACACCUCCAUUCCGAGAUCAGUUCCGAGCACCACGAUCGUUGAUCCUCCACGGGACCAAAACGCAAAGCCUCCUAGGGUCAGUCCAGUUCACAGUCGCUAUGAUUCUUUCAAUCAAUCUCCUCGUGCCCCAAGAAAUGAUGUCUUCGAGGACUCCGACGUCGACGAGGACCCAGCGUUGCUUCGUACAGAACGGAAACCUGCCCGGUACAGCUUCGUUAAGAGCGAUCUCCAAAAGGAGGACCUCCGUACUGAUCUCAUGAACUCUCAGAGUGACAUUGGCAGGAAGCGGCCUGAUCCACCAAGGCCCGAUCCACCAAGGUCUGAUUCACUACGGGAUAGGUACCACUCGAACUCUGGCUCCCCAAAGAACCAAUCCUCCAAUUCUGAGUCUCCCCGGUCAUCAAACUCGUCAUUCAAUGGUUAUGCACCUCAACCCAAGCCGGCCCGCGUAGAGAGAAGCCCCCCGAGACAUGUAAGGACGUACUCCAAUUCCCGCCCAUCUCGUCCAGAGUCGCCCAUCAGACCCAGCUCGCCUCUAUCCCGUGAAGCUCCACCCUCCCCUCCCCGGUCACCUAAGCUUCCACCACGCCGUCCUGCCGAAUCCAACCUACCGUCGAGGCCAUCCUCCCGGUCGGGUGCACCAAGGCCACCAUCUCCUCUGUCCUCUUCUACGCUGCCUCCACAUGUACCGAUCACGGAGGCAGAUUGGCAUGCUACCUAUCCCCCAGUCUCUUCCACCGAUCGAUCAAGGCCACCUUCUCGCUUCUCUCGGCACGAAACCAUGCCUGUACCGAUGCCACGUAUCGACGUGCAGUCCCCUUCCCCGUCAAGACCCCCUCAGCAUAGCAGCGCUCUGCCAUACCCCGUGGAUGAUCGUCAAAUUGACGCUUUCAUGCCCCCCGAAGAAGCCUUCCAAUAUGAUCAUUCCAAUCCUACCUCCUCGCCGUAUUCCACCACCAAUAUGAAUGCAUCUUACCCAGACUCCCCCAGGAUGCCUACAUCGCCGUACCCAGACUCCCCAAAACUUUCGUCAUCGCCAACCGCUGGGUCUCCGCGCGAACGCCCUUCAUCGACCUUCCAGAGACCAUUAGCACCUAGCCGUCACACCGCACCGGAAGACCUUGGGCGAUCCGCAAGGGGAAGGCCUAGCAGCGUGAGAGGUCAAGAAAGUAAUGAUAGCCACCGCAGCGAACGGAGGACGAAGAGCGUCGACGGGAGGCUGCCGUCUUGCUCGCGCAGGUUGCCAUCUAAACACGAUGACUGGUACACCCUAGAAGGCUGCCCGAACUUCGACAUAUGCCCCGACUGUUACAACGGGGUUUUUGCCGACACCAGAUUCUCUUCUUACUUUAGACCUGUCCGGCGCUACAAUGCACGGUUCUGCGACUUUUCCUCUCCAUGGAUGCGACUAGCGUGGCUUUUGACCACCAAGCAGGGACGAAAGGAGCCCGAUCUCCUGUAUUCACUUUCUGCGAUUGCCGACAUGAACCCCCCUUGUCCCAACGAUCGCGAGCUCGCUGGCGUGGAAUGGUACGGAAUAGCUGAUCCAAGGGAUGGGCUACAUGUUAGGAACUUCCGCGUGUGUCCUUGCGAUCUGAAGAUGACAGAAGCGCUCUUUCCCAGCAUCUAUGGCUAUAUGACCCGACUACCCAGAGCCAGCCAAUAUGGCAGUACUCGUCCAACCCUCUGCUCUCUACGUGUCGACUCCGAACGCUUUCCCAAGUAUCUUGAUCUUCUAGUUGAGAUAGACGAAGAGGCGCGACGCAAAUCCCGCGACCCAGACAUCCAACGCUUCAUCGCUAUGGCUCGUGACAAUGCCUUUCGAGAGGAGUGUCCGCGCGACCAGGCCAUUGCUAACAAGCCAUGGCACUACAUUCCUUCGCUUCCCGAGUUUACAGUCUGCGAGGAGUGCUACUCCGAAGUUGUCUGGCCUGCCAUCCAGGAGCGGUCGCCCAUUGCCAAACUCUUCAGUCGCAACACUCAGCUCGUCAAAGGGGAGGAGCCAUCGGGAUCGAGCUGCUGUCUAUACUCUCCACGCAUGCGACGCAUCUUCUCCCGAGCAUCUGACGACAAUGAUUUCAAUUAUCUGAAGCGCAAAGCCAUGGAGAGAAAGAGGGUGGAGUCGAGAGUUGGGCGGGAGAAGUCAGAGAUCAACCGCUGGCUCGACACCAUGAACGCCACAGGCGGGUACAGAGAGGCCGAAUUCGAGAGGCUGAGAAGGCAGCUGAGAGUCGCCGACGAAGAAUGGAAGACUUACGAAUGAAAUGAAUGAAACGAACGACCCAUGGAUUAGAUUACGCGUUAGAGCAUUGUUAGCAUCCCGCAUCAGCCCAACGUCGCUGUAGUACUACUAAUGGGCUAUUAUUUCUCAGUACAUCUGUUUUUGGUUACGAACUUUGGCGUUGUUUUGGAAAAACUUUUCUUGGUUGGGAAAAAGGAAACCUUUUUGUUUAUGCUUGCGAGGAAAACAUCUCUCUUCUUACCUACCCUUCACGAAGAGUACGAUCGUUAUUCACUGGGAGAUUGUGAGAUAUAUAAUAAUCAACAUUCCUACAUACAUUCCUACUACCAUACACAUGCAUAUAGUCACUGAAUACCAUCUAUCUAC